AUGUCGUCGUUAAAGAAGAAAGACGCAUUGGCAGCAGCAGCAGCAGCAGCGGCGACUUAUCUAGAUGAAGAUACUACAUGGGACUCCCUUAAUUUAGACGCCCGCUUGUUACAAGCUAUAGACAAGUUGGGAUUUGAAAAUCCUACUUUGAUUCAAAGUAGCGCAAUACCUUUGGCACUUGAAGAAAAAAGAGAUAUUAUAGCAAAAGCGUCUACCGGGUCAGGCAAAACAGCAGCAUAUGCUAUUCCCUUGGUUCAAAGUUUGUUACUCGACAGAGAAAACAAUAGUAGUAGCAGCAGUAGUGGCAGUGGCAUAAAGUCCAUUGUGCUUGUGCCGACAAGAGAAUUAUCUAAUCAAGUAUAUCAAUUCAUAGAACAGCUUAUUAAGUAUACAGAUAACAAAAUCGAGAUACUAAACCUAUCGUCAAACUAUAGUGACCAAGUUCUACAAUCUUUAUUAGUGGGAAAGCCAAGUAUCAUCGUGUCCACUCCUAGUAAAUUAAUACAAACUUUGGAAUUACAUGAGAAUAAAGGUCUCCUUGAUUUGAGCACGGUGAGAAACCUCACAAUAGACGAAGUCGACUUGAUCUUGAGUUUUGGAUACAAGGAGGAUUUGGACAAAUUGCAGAUGUAUCUUCCCGUGAAAAAGAAUAUCCAAACGUUUUUGAUGUCAGCAACAAUAGAUGACGACAUCAACGACUUAAAGAGUAAAUUUUGCACGAAACCAGCUAUAUUGAAAUUGGAUGAUGACCAAAAUAGCGCCAACAAGCUAGUACAAUUUUAUGCCAAAACUACGGAAUUUGAUAAAUUCUUGUUGAGUUAUGUCAUAUUCAAGUUAAAUCUAAUCAAGGGUAAAACCAUUGUGUUUGUUAAUAACAUUGAGAGAGGAUACAGAUUGAAGUUAUUCUUGGAACAAUUCGGAAUAAGGUGUUGCGUAUUGAAUAGCGAACUUCCUAUAAACUCAAGAUUACACAUUGUAGAAGAGUUUAACAAAAAUGUGUACCAUUUAUUGAUUGCUACCGAUGACUUGUCCGUGGAGAAAGAAGAGCAAGAGGAGAAGGAAGAAGAAGAGAAAGAGAAAGAGAAAAAAGCAAAGACAGCAGAGAAGAGUAAGGAAAAGGGGAAACGCAUUGAUACAAAGAGCACAACAAAAAGUAUGAAGGACAAGGAGUAUGGUGUUUCUAGAGGUGUUGAUUUUAGGAACGUUGCGUGUGUAUUGAAUUUCGAUUUACCUACAACAUCAAAGGCAUAUAUACACAGGAUAGGGAGAACAGCAAGAGCAGGCAAGUCAGGUUUAUCGUUGUCAUUUGUCAUCCCGGAAAAAGAGGUUGGUAAGCACAAAACUGCUUCUUUGGCAACGGCUAAAAAGGACGAAAAGAUACUAAAAAGGAUAGUUAAACAACAACAGAAGAAUGGAUUUGAAGUUAAACCUUAUCAAUUUGAUAUGAAGCAAGUGGAGGGUUUUAGAUAUAGAGCCGACGAUGCGUUUAGAGCAGUAACUCAAACAGCAAUCAGAGAAGCUAGAGUGAAAGAGUUGAAGAAUGAGUUGAUCACUUCGGAAAAAUUAAAGAGAUUUUUUCAGGAAAACCCUCAAGAUUUGGCAACUUUGAGACACGAUAAAGAAUUACAUCCUGCUAGAAUUCAACCACACUUGAAAAGGUUGCCACAAUAUCUAUUACCCGAGAGUGCAAGGCUGGAUGUGAAAAACAUUGGAUUUGUGCCAUUCCACAAGAAAAAUAGAGUGGGUAAGAACAAGAAGAAGGGAAAAGGUAGAAAGAAACACGAUCCGUUGAAAUCGUUUAGAAAAUAG